AUGUUGAAAUCCAAGCUUUUUUCUUCAUCAUUUAUUGCUUCAAUUACACACAAAAAAUCAAAUUUUAAUUUUUUUCAUUGUUCUGGACGUUUAUUGCUGGAAGAUGUUCUUAAAGAACGAAUUGAAAAUUUUGUCAAAUCCGCACCCGUAACAGUUUUUAUGAAAGGAACACAAACAGAGCCAAUGUGCGGGUUUAGUCGGAAUGUUAAAUUGAUUCUCGAUUUACAUCGUAUCCCAUUCAAGGACUUUAAUGUUUUGGAGGAUGAGAAAAUACGUGAAGGAAUUAAAGAAUUUAGUGAUUGGCCGACAAUUCCUCAAGUUUAUGUAAACGGGAAAUUUGUUGGGGGAGCUGAUAUUUUUAUGCAAAUGCACAAAGAUGGCGAGGUAAAGGAGUUUUUUGUUGAUUUAAACAUUUUAAUGACAAAUGUUAGAAACAUGUUUCUGAUUUUUAAAAACAUUAUUCUGAUUUUUAUGAACAUGUUUUGA